AUGGCGGCGGUGGGUGGCCGUUACCCUGGCCGGGGAGGUGUCGUGGUGGUGCUGGAUGGAGAGCGCCUAGGGUGCCGUGAUAUAUCGUCAUCUCAUCAUAUGACUUCGUAUGUCUUCGUUCGUUCGGUGGGCGCCUGGGAAGGAUUCGAUAUCGAGGUGGCGUCAGUGUGGUGCAAGCGGACGCUGGAUCAAUUCGUGUUCGUUGCAAGGAGCGGAAAGCUGAAGUACACCCGCGCAGUAGCAGUCGCAGUCGCCGUCGCAGUAGGGUGGGCAGAUCAAGGAAAGAUCGAUCGAAGGAUCGCCGCCCCUCGCAGCUCCCAAGCCGUACGUCAUCAGCUUGCCUGCAUCCUGAUCUUUUCGACCGAGCCGAGCAUCAACAACAAUACAUGUAAUGUUGAUGGUCAACCGAGCGGCGGCCUCGCAUAUCAUACAGGAAGUUCAGCAACCGGUCUAGGUUCUGCGGCAGGAGCUGAGACGACGAGAGUAUACGUGCAGAAGCAGACUUUGGACAAAAGCCAAGCAAGGGUCAUCAUCCAGGUUGUUAGGCAAAGUGGUCAGAACAGUAUGAUUCAAGAGGUUUAUGAACGUUAUAGUCUCGUUUUCAAGACCUCACCUCUGCCUCUCCAUCUCCAACACCCAUACCCACUCAAUCCACAGAAAUCAAAUCCCCCCCCCCAACCCUCUCCAACCGCACUACACAUACCAAGAAACAAAAGCAACAGACCCACAAACGCCGAAUGUUGGAGUAUCGACCUCAUGCCAUGCCAUUCAGCAGUUUCGUCGAAGGCAAGCAGCCCACCACCCGAUAGCAUGAUGCUACGAUCUGCCCGCCAUUCCAAAGCACCCAACCGAAAGUGCAUCUCCUCAUACCCACCCACACUCCAAGCUACCUCCCCCUCACCUCCUCCCCAGCACCAGAAACCCAAACCUCGCAAACCCACAGUAACCGCAAUCCCCCAAACAGUCGUAACCCACAAAAACCAAGUGUCCGCGAAGUCAAGCGCAUUCAUGUUACCAAAAUCGUAUUGGCGAGUGAGAAAGAUAGCUGAAGGAAGUACGUCACGGCGAUGGAGCUUGCGAGGAUGGAUCCCCAAGCUUCCCGAGGGGACAUGGAGCGUGGAGGAGAGCGGCAGUAGGGUUGUUGGGUGGGGGGUGAAGAGGGGGCGGCGUCAUGAGGUUUGGAGGUUCGAAGGGCGGAGAUGCGUCAAGAAGCGUUUCGCUGCCACAGGCUGA